AAUUACUAUUCUCUAUUCAAAACCUUGACUGCACUUUCUUAGGUUCUGAUUCCGUAUCUCCCAUCGAUGAUCAAUGUUUUAGGUACAAGGAAACUUGUGUGUUCAUUUGUUUACUUAUCGUGCUAGCAACAAUUACAUCGAUCAAACUUGGUAGUUACCAGCCGUUCUGUUAGGAACAUUCGAUUAGAAUUUGCUAUAAAUGUAUUAUUAGUUUUCGGUUUAAUUGUGUUAUUUAGCUGUGAUAUUAUACGCAAUCGACUGUUUUUUCGUUUGUCUAUGACCGGAACAUAACUGUGUAUUCCAUAUUGUACUUAAAAAUCAAUAUUCUCUUCGAGCAUUAUCUUAAUUUGACAUCCAAACUUUAAUAACAACAGAAUUGACUAUUGAAUUGUACCAUGACGAAAAUAUGAAGAAGGAAGACCCUAAUAUGAUGAGACAAUUGAGAAUUUCACUUUCUUAUAAUCAGAAAUUAGUACAAAGGACUUAGUUGUGCUAAUACCAUUAUUUACAAGUCAACCGUCGAGGAAGAUAAUUACUAAUAACACAAAUGAAUUUACAAACGUUUCUAGAGAAGAAGUUUAAACAAUGGCGGCCAGAACCACCGAUGGUUAUAGAGAGAACGAAUUGCUCAGUAACCAUGGAGUGGAAGCAACGGGAGUUUGAGUUCCUACAGGAUCAGUUGCUUUACAAAAUUGAGAUGAAGAAGAAGCUACCAUCAUGGGUCGUCGUUUACAGCGGAGGCAAAACAUCAAAGAUGAUAGACUACCUUCCGCCACGACAUCCUCACGUCUUCCGACUGACUGUCAUACUCAAAUCUACUGCUGUGCCGCUUCUAUCCGAGAGAGCGCUGCACUUCUAUGGCGAUGAGAACACCAUUUAUGCGAAGAUGAGAGACACUAUUGAAGAGAAUAGUGAUGGGAAAGAUGUUUCUGGAAUCGAGAAUCAAGAAGCAACAGUGAAAAAUGAUUUAAAUGCAGCUCGGGAUAUUAAAGUCAAAAAUGAAUGGAUAGAAGCCCGCUACCGCUGGGUGGAGUCCCAGCCGUCCCCGGAAACUUGGACCAGCACCGACACGGACGGGUCCUCCGCCGUCUGCUUCUGCAUGGCUGUCUGCUGCGGAUACAUAAAGCAGGUUCAAUCCAUGCUGGAGGAGAGGCCAGAGUUGAUAGGGAUCGUCAACCCGAACAACGGAUUUACGCCUCUCGCUGGCGCUGUUAAGAAAGGUGACCUCAACACCGUAAAGUUUCUGCUGUCAGUUGGAGCAGAAGUGGAACAACGGUCAGAUACGGGACAGACGCCGCUGCAACUGGCGGUGUUAGCUGGCGAUGUGGCCGUGGCUGGUCUGCUCAUCGAACACGGGGCUGAUAUCAAGAGCCGAGACAGGAAUCAGCUGAGAGCAGAGCACUACGCGGUAGACUCCGGCAACGUCGCGAUGCUGGAGUUUGUGAUGGAGCGAGGGGGAGACCUGUCGGUGAUUGAUAGCAACGGCUGGACGCCAUUGUUUAGGGCUUUAACACAAAAUGGUCGCACGGACAUGAUCACCGAGCUGGUAGCUCGGGGCAGUGACGUAAACAUCUCUGAUGCGGCAGGCCUUCCUCUGCUAUCAGUCGCACGUCUGCUCACUAACAGACAUGGCCGUAGCAGGGACUCCGUGCUGCGGGUGGUAGACCGUCAGUUUCCGCACGAGCGAGCGCUUGCCCUGUUUACCCGGCUGACGAAGAAGAUUCAUCACGUGCACACUGUCUUUAAGUAAUGAAACCUCUUAUCUGCGAACUGAUAAGAUUUGUAAUUCCCCGCGUCGAUAUUUCCCGAAUCCUACAAAUUAGGGAUUUAAUAGAAGUGAAUAGAUAUUUUUUUUGCUUGCGUGUACCCUAGACCUCAAGUUCGCACGAUGAUCAUUUUCAGUUGUAACGCCCUGCCAAUUUUUGGUUAUGAUUUUACAACCGAAUAUUUGCUUUGAAAAAACCCUAUUAUCUAAAUCAUUUAUGCCUUUAUAUAUUAUUUCGUGAUUUUGAUUUUCAUAGGAGUCGGUUCGAUAUUUUUUCAAUAAAAAAUUUCGUAUUUUAAUGUAGGUACCAAAAUUACUUUUUUACUUCUACUUGGUGGUUGGAUAAACAGUCUGCGAAUGUUAACCCUAAAAUAUAAUUAUGUAUCGUAUACGGUUUCGCUCCCGUGGAAAUUUUGGAAUACUCUGGCUUUUCUCAUGUAUAUGGAAAUCAUCAUCUACGAUUAUUAUUAUGGCUACAGUAUUGAGUAUAAUCUGACAAUUUUGUAAUAUGUAUCUUAUUCAGCUAAAGAACAACAAACAAUGCUUUUAAUAAAACAAACGUAAUAAAUUACAAAACUAAUUUAUUUAUUUAUUAGAAAAAGAAUAUUUACAAAAAUUCUUACACUAACGGAGUAUUGAUUGCAUUACACACGUAACAAAGUGGUAACAGGUGAGAGACACGGCUCCGACUGAAGCCCUAACGCAAGACAUCCCACAGCCACCCACAAGGACAAACGAAAUGCGAAAAUGGCAAGGUUUACAUAAGUACCAAUAAAUAAGUUAAAUUAUUACAUCCUCAAACGAACCUUAAACAUAACGCUAUUAACACUACAUGCGUCCAAUGAGACAGAACCCUGCCCGCUGCGGAGACAGGUUUCUCGUGAUUGUCUUUCAUACUGUGACCAUUAGUCAAUACUUUCUCUUGGA